CGGCGACGAGGGCAGGGCGCGCCUCCGUUGUGGUAACGGGGCGGGAGCCACGGCAGCCCGGGGACACGGCCCGGCCCGGCCCGGCCCGGCCCGGCACGGCCAGGCAUGACCCAGGGCUUGGGGCAGCGCUGCCAUACGGCUUCUGCUUGCAGGGACCAGGCGAGGAGCACCGCGGCACCCCGCGGGUGUGGGACUGAGGAGGAGGCGACGGCGUAGGAGGCAGCGUUUCGUGGCGUUUCCCCAGACUGCACUCUAAAAUGGCAUUUCCCAGUGUGGAAAAAAAAAAUAGUUAUUUGGGCUAAAUGCACAGAAACACCGUGACUUGCUUGCGAAGGGACCUGUUGCGCGGAGUGCAGAGAGGUGUGGGCGUUUCUGCAGGGACCGUUCACUGUGCGUGGACACUUUCCAAGUCGCCUUUUGCCAUCUUUUUAUUCCAGUGACCAAAAUCCCCAGCCUGCCGAGUGCUUCUCCGGGGAGCCGGGGCACACAGCGGCAAGGCGCCGCAGGCAGCCCCCCCGGGGCCAUGGCGCUGCCGGCCAGCGCGGGGCAGUAGGGAGCUCGCCAUAAACCUUCACCUCACGGAGCGAAGGGGGGUCUCCGAGCGGGGCUGGCCGCCGCCGCCUCCCUCCUUCCCUCCCUCCGGCAGGGGGAGCCCAGGGCAGCCGCAGCCGCAGCGGCAGCGGAGGAAGAUGGCGGCGGCCGCCUCGGAGCAGCAAAGUUCUAAUGGGCCGGUGAAGAAAUCUAUGCGUGAGAAGGCUGUAGAACGAAGGAACGUUAAUAAGGAGCACAACAGUAACUUUAAAGCUGGAUACAUUCCAAUUGAUGAAGACCGUCUCCAUAAGACAGGCUUACGUGGCAGGAAAGGCAACUUGGCCAUUUGUGUGAUUGUUCUUCUUUUUAUUUUGGCUGUCAUCAAUUUGAUUAUUACACUUGUUAUCUGGGCUGUGAUUCGAAUCGGUCCCAAUGGCUGUGACAGUAUGGAGUUCCAUGAGAGUGGCUUACUGCGGUUUAAGCAAGUUUCUGACAUGGGUGUUAUACAUCCAUUAUAUAAAAGCACUGUAGGAGGCAGACGUAAUGAAGAUUUGGUGAUCACUGGAAAUAAUCAGCCUAUUGUAUUUCAGCAAGGAACAACCAAGCUUAGUGUGGAAAAAGACAAAACUUCCAUUACCAGUGAUAUUGGCAUGGAAUUUGUUGACCCCCGGACACAAAACACACUGUUCAGCACAGACUAUGAAACUCAUGAGUUUCAUCUGCCAAAUGGAGUUAAAAUCUUGAAUGUGCAAAAGGCCUCUACGGAGAGGAUUACUAGCAAUGCAACCAGUGACCUAAACAUAAAGGUUGAUGGACGUGCUAUUGUCCGUGGAAAUGAAGGCGUUUUCAUCACAGGCAAAACCAUUGAGUUUCGAAUGGGGGGUAACAUGGAACUUAAAGCAGAAAAUAGCAUUAUCCUGAAUGGGACUGUGAUGGUCAGCCCAUCGAGACUGCCAAGUUCUUCGUAUGGGGAACAGUUUAACAAUGGUAACUGGCUGCGCUUCAAGCUCUGUAUGUGUGCAGAUGGAACGCUGUUCAAGGUUCAAGUGACAGGUCAUAACAUGGGUUGUCAGACGUCUGUCAAUCCGUGUGGAGCUACGCACUAAACCAGAAAGCACUACCAGGAGAGCUCUCUCUGUGUUUACAUAUAUUUGUAUGAAGUAACUGCAUGCCUUCAAGGAUUUCUGUUUCUACAGGAGUUUAUACUAAUGUUUAUUACAUACUAUUUUUAAGCACAGACUCACGUUCAACAGUAUUAUGUCAUCAUCCUCUUAGCCAUAAUAGUGGCACUGUUUUAGUAAGCUUUCAGUUUACAUGCACACUGAAAUACCUUUUUGAAUUGGGGUCUGUAGAAUACAUUUAAAGAACAUGAUUUUAGCAACAAUCUUGUCUGGAUUCAGUUGCCCCUAAAAGAGGUUUUUUGCCCUAUAUCCCAAAACCUUGAGGAUUGCUGAGAAUGCAACUGCAAUCUGAAGUACUUCAACAGGAGUGUCUGUUUACUGUUGGAUGUGGAUUUUUCCACAGGAUGGCUGAAGUGGCAAAUUUUUGUCUUCUCAUCAUUUACUGCCAAAGGUUGCUGUAAUGAUCUCCCCCCAAAAAUUAUGUGGAUUACUGUAUGUGUACUAAAAGAAAGCUAGUGGCAGAUUGGCUAAUGGUACGUUAUAAUAUUGCAUUACUCCUGUCAUCUAUGCUCACAUUGUUAAAAAAAAAAAAUAAGCUAGCUCAAAUAAUACUUGCAAAAUAACAUGGAGUAUGGAAAUGUAACUUCAGUUUUGAAAUAGUCUAGCCGGUAAAAGUGAAAGUUGCAAUUACCAAAGUGUUGCUUGAGCUCCCAUCCUGUCUGUGGAAUUUAGGGAUUCUACACUUGCUUAAUUUAUGAGAAGUAUUUAUAAAAUGUGUUUAUUAUAAAGUAUGUUCUCAAAGAUGGACUGAUAAUUUGCUUGGUGCCCAAAAAAGUGUCUUCCUGGGUGCUUUAAUGGGAACAGUGUACGAAUCUAUUACUCAACAGCUAAUAAUCUGAAGCAUGACCGUAAGCAAGAGCAUCUAAGAUGCUGCAGCAUCGAAGGUCUCUUUUUCCUGUGAACGUCAGUACUGAUGCAUUACUGAGCACCUGAUAAUUCAAUUCUGAAGCUAAACUGCGGGUCUGCAAUUCUAAAGGUGAUGGUACUGGAUGCCACUACAGCAGAGGAAAUACACCUGUAUCUGGAUCUGUCAACAGCGAAACUGUCUAGGGUGAGCUGGGGCCUUAUAAAAACUCUUACUGCCUUAGAACUGCUUUUGUAGAGGCAAAAGUUGUGGUCUGUACUAAAAAUAGACUAGCUCAUUGUAAGAUUCCUCCUUCCCCCAUGUAUCUUUUUCAGUUUGAAAUUAUUUUUUUGUGUGUGGGUGGUUUUUUUUUUUCAAUAUAAUCAAACAACCUUAAUAAUGAAGGCCACAAAGGUGACUUUGCAAGUACUUUUUUGACACUAAGUGCUAAGCACGCACUUCUCUUCCUAAAAGCUGUGCAAAUGUUACACAUUAACUUCAGAAUUGGUCAUUUGUUAUGGGAAUAUAAAUUACCUACCCUUGUUUUAUAGCUCCUAGAGUACGCAGAAUUUCACAAAAGGACAAGUCAGCUCCUGCUGCAAAGAAGUUCCUGUCUAAGGUCCCAAUUCCUGCAUUUACUACAAGUCAGUAAGUCCUGGUGCAGGAUGCGUACAGGUGGCCGUGAUUUUUGGAGGGGAACCUUUAUGUCAGGCGUUAGGCUGCUCUGGAGGUCAGAGGAGUCACGUUUCCCUCACUGGUUAAAGGCAAAGACAGAUUUUGGUGCUAUGUAGCUGGGGUUUUGGGGGGUGGACAGCAGUGGAGCUAACAAAAAUGGGGUAAAACGCAGCAAAAGCCAUUGAAUUACUCACAUGAAAGAUUAUGAGAAAGUAGUAAGGUACGUUUUGCAUACUGCCUUCAUAAACUUCAUGGUUUUAGUGCAGUUAAUAUUUUAUCAGUCACUUCAAUAAAGAUUUUUAAAAACCUCUGGUGCUCUAAGUAGUACCCCAAUUAGAAUGUUUAAAUUAGGAACAGGAAAUAAAAUGGUUACAUUUUCAGAACUUUCACGCAGUUGACAAUGGCAGUUUGUCACUUUACUUACAUAUAUAUGCAAAUAUAUAUAUAUAUGUACUGUAUAUAAUGCUGCUUAUAUUCAUAUAUUAUGCAUAUACACGUAAACACUAACAUACAUAUCUGACAUUAAUUCAUACUGACAUGUACAUAUUCAUGUAUACAUAAAUAUAAGCAGCAGCAUCCUCCAAAGCCGAAAUAGAAUUUGGUCAAUAACAGACACUGCCUCAGUCAAGUACUCACGAAGAGCACAUUAUAGCUCUUCUUUGGUUAAUACUGUCAUGCCUACAUGCUAGGAUGGGAUUCUUGACCUGUAAUUAUCAAGAAUUCUUAUUCAAAUACUAUAUGCAACAUAGCUGAACGAUGCGUCACAAAGGUACUUUUAAAUCAUGGUCCGAAGAAUUGAUUUUGAGGUGUGGAUUUUUAGUCAAAUGUAGCAAAACCAGUCAUAUAAAUACCAAGUGAUAAGAAUUAUUGACUUGCUGGCCACUGUUCAUGUGGUGUUAAUGUAUUUUGUUGCCUUCAUUAUACAGUUUGAGAAAUGUUGACAUCAUAUAUGCCCUGUGUUAUGCAGUAAUUUGUUUUUUAUCUUCUGCCUAAAGUACAUUUUUUUAUGCUUAUUUAAAACACCGUGUGGCACACUGUUUAUUUAAAUCCCACAGAUGCACUUGAGAUUCUGUUUUUAAAAGUACAUUCUACAUGCUCUGUGUCAAAAUACCAUACUGGUUACGCUGAAAUUCCAUGUGAUGAAUUCUCAGCAUUUGUAAAGGUGGUUGUUGUUUCAAUAGGCGGAAGACAAUUGGAUUUCUGAUCUUUGUUUUGAAAUGAAACACUAAAUUCUAAGACACAGCUGUGGUUUUGAAGUGUUAUUGUAAUAAUACAGUCUCUGAUUAAAAGACGUUGUUUUAUUGACAGUGAAA